AUGUCCAGUUCUGCAGAUACGCCCACUGCAAUACAACAACCGUCCUCAUCAUUAGCAAAACCAAGGCUUCGUGCAGUGAUAGUCAAUACAAAUCAAGAGGGAAAUCCUGUCCUUGAUUAUAUCAAGAAUGUGCCUUGGGAAUAUGGCGAGACUGAUGCUGACUAUCAGGUGGGGAAAACCACUGGUGUAAUCUUUCUAAGUCUUAAAUAUCAUCGAUUGUAUCCAGAGUACAUAGACACUCGUCUGCGUCAGAUUGAACGCAAGUUUUAUCUUCGUAUCUUGAUAUGUGUAGUUGAUGUGGAUGAUCACCAACAAUCCAUCAAGGAGCUCACUCGCACAUGCAUAUUUGGAAAAACCACCAUGAUUCUAGCAUGGAGUCGACAGGAAGCAGGCAGGUAUAUAGAAACAUUAAAGUCAUAUGAAAACAAGCCGCCAGAUCUAAUCAAAAAGCGAGUGGACGAUGACUAUUUCUCAAAGUUGACAGAGGCAGUAACAGCAAUCAAGUCGGUGAAUAAAACAGAUGCAAUGACAUUGGCAUCCAACAUUGGGUCAUUCAAGGAUAUUGCACAUGCAACAUCAGAGGAGUUGAUGUUACUUCCAGGCUUUGGAGAGCAAAAGGCAGCGAGAGUGUCGAGUGCAUUCACGACAGUUUUUUGUAUUGAACGAGUGUAA